CACAAUUCAGCGUCCAUUCAGCGGGACUACCGCAGCCUUUUGAACCGUUUGGCCGUGUUGCUACAGAAAGGAGAACACAUUGCAACUUUAUCAAAGCUUUUUUAGGCACCCCGAAUUGCUGAUAUGAUCGAAAAAGAGGACCCGAUUAUCAGUGAGGAGGAAGCGGCGCAGUAUGACCGCCAGAUCCGGUUGUGGGGGCUGGAUGCCCAGAAAAGGCUGCGAGGAUCCCGGGUGCUACUGGCAGGUGUCGGAGGUCUUGGAGCUGAACUGGCUAAAAAUCUGAUCCUUGCUGGAGUGAAAGGACUCACUUUGCUGGAUCAUGAGCAGGUCUCAGAGGAGUCAUGUCGAGCCCAAUUCCUGGUUCCAGUGUCAGCUAAAGGUCAGAAUCGGGCUCAGGCCUCUCUGGAGCGAGCGCAGAACCUCAACCCCAUGGUGGAAGUUCACGCUGACCCAGACAGAGUUGAAGACAAACCAGACGACUUCUUUCUACAGUUUGAUGCGGUGUGUCUGACAGGAUGCUCCAGAGACCUGAUGGUGCGCAUCGACCAACUCUGCUCUCAGCACAACAUCAAGGUCUUCUGUGGUGACGUCUACGGUUACUAUGGUUACAUGUUCUGUAACCUUGGACGGGAGCACAACUAUGUGGAGGAGAAACCCAAAGUGGUAAAACCCUCUUCUGAUUCCAGCGAUGGUCCAGAGGCAAAGAAGGCCAAAAUCGACCCUACUGAGACCACCAUGGUGAAAAAGACGGCCAGUUUCUGCACCCUGAAGGAGGCGCUGGAGGUGGAAUGGAGCAGUGAGAAAGCCAAAGCCAGCCUGAAACGAACACCAGUGGACUACUUCCUGCUUCACGUUCUGUUGAAGUUUCGCACAGACAAAGGCCGCGACCCCGACCCCGAGUCGUGUGCCAACGACAGCCAGCUGCUGAGACAGAUCAGAGACGACGUCCUCGAAGCCAUAGGGCUGAGCAGUGACCACCUUAGUGACGACUUCAUCAGCUACUGCUUCUCAGAAAUGUCUCCGGUUUGCGCCGUUGUGGGUGGAGUUCUCGGGCAGGAGGUGGUCAAGGCUCUCUCCCAACGCGACGCUCCACAUCGUAACUUCUUUUUCUUUGACGGCCGUAAAGGUAACGGAGUGGUUGACUACUUCGGACCAAACUGAUGAUGAGGACCAGAAUCUGACCUGAGGACGGUUUAGGACACAAAGAUGGCUUCUCUUUUUUCCAUCAGAUUAGUCAUCAACAGAAUUCAAACACAAACGAAGUCUGUUGACUUUUACUCUCUUGUCACAGAUGUUGUAGGAUGCCGUGUGUUGUUGUUUUUUUUACACAUGUUAAUAAAAUUAUGUAAACAGAU